GCCAGCUGCGGUUCUAACGCCCCGGGCACUGGGUCCCGGCCCUCACCUGCUCUCCGCCAGGCAGCUGCCUCCUGCUCCUUGGCCAUGCGGUGGCUGUGGCCGCUGGCUGUCUCUCUCUCCUUGGUGUGGGCCACAGGCCCGAGCAGUGCCUCCGGGGCUGCCCCCCUGCACCCCGACAGGCUCCGAGCCGACGCCCCGGGACAGAGGAGCCGGACCAAGAGAGGCACCGAGGAUGAGGAGGCCAAGGGGGUGCAGCAGUAUGUGCCCGAGGAGUGGGCUGAGUUCCCCCGGCCCAUCCGCCCUGCUGGCCUGCAGCCCACGGAGCCCUCGGUGACCACCAGCCCCAGCCCAGGCGACGGCAGGGACGCCCCAGGCAGAGGGCCGGGGUCCUGGGGCAAUCCGACAGGGGCGCCAGGUCAGAGGCUGCAGAUGCAGAACCCCCUGUACCCGGUGACCGAGAGCUCCUACAGCGCCUACGCCAUCAUGCUGCUGGCCCUGGUGCUGUUCGCCGUGGGCAUCGUGGGCAACCUGGCCGUCAUGUGCGUCGUGUGGCACAGCUACUACCUGAAGAGCGCCUGGAACUCCAUCCUGGCCAGCCUGGCCCUCUGGGACUUCCUGGUCCUCUUCUUCUGCCUCCCAAUUGUCAUCUUCAAUGAGAUCACCAAGCAGAGGCUGUUGGGAGACGUCUCUUGCCGGGCGGUGCCCUUCCUGGAGGUCACCUCUCUGGGGGUCACCACCUUCAGCCUCUGCGCCCUGGGCAUCGACCGCUUCCACGUGGCCACCAGCACACUGCCCAAGGUGCGGCCCAUUGAGCGGUGCCAGUCCAUCCUGGCCAAGCUGGCCGUCAUCUGGGUGGGCUCCAUGACGCUGGCCGUGCCCGAGCUCCUGCUGUGGCAGCUGGUGCAGGAGCCUGGCCCCUCCACGGGCACCGUGGACUCGUGCGUCAUGAAACCCGCGGCCAGUCUGCCCGAGUCCCUCUACUCCCUGGUGAUGACCUACCAGAACGCCCGCAUGUGGUGGUACUUCGGCUGCUACUUCUGCCUGCCCAUCCUCUUCACCGUCACCUGCCAGCUGGUGACGUGGCGCGUGCGGGGCCCCCCCGGGAGGAAGCCGGAGUGCCGGGCGGGCAAACAUGAGCAGUGUGAGAAGCAGCUCAACAGCGCGGUGGUGGGCCUGACGGUAGUCUAUGCCCUGUGCACCCUGCCCGAGAACGUCUGCAACAUCGUGCUGGCUUACCUGUCCUCCGAGCUGACCCGCCAGACCCUGGGCCUGCUGGGCCUGGUCAACCAGUUCUCCGCCUUCUUCAAGGGGGCCGUCACCCCCGUGCUCCUCCUGUGUGUGUCCCGGCCGCUGGGCCAGGCCUUCCUUGACUGCUGCUGCUGCUGCUGCGAGGGCUGCGGGGGCCCCUCGGAGGCCGCAGCCGGCCCGGGCGCGGACAGCAAGCUCAAGACCGAGAUGUCGUCCCUCUCCUUCCACAAGCCCAGGGAGUCGCCCCCACUCCUGCCCCUGGGCACGCCGUGCUGAGCCAGGCCCGAGCGAGGCCGGGAGAGGGGCAAGUGGGCAGCCUGGCUGGUGUCUCCGUCCCCGCGGCUCUGGCCUCUCUGCCCGUCUUGCUGCCUAGAGGUGGGCUGGGUUCCUCGUGUUGGGGUUCGGGCAUGUCCGAGCCCCCUCCCCAGCUGGGCCUUCCUGCCCUGGCCCUGGCCCUGGUGGGCCCUGAUGCUUGUAGGUCUUAGAACUGCCCAGAAACUCUCAGCCCACCAGCUGGGACCCAGAAGUGCAGCUGUCCCACCCCUCCCCUCCACCUUGGAGCCCGGUUCACUCUCUCCCUGCCCCCCAUCCUGGAGUAGGGGGCUCUUUGGGGACCAGCCCAACUUGGCUCUUCUCUGGACCCGAUCUGUCCCAGCCUGGACCUUCCUCCUCCGGCACCGUCCCCCUUCCGGAGGCUUCUCUUUCCUUCUCCUCCUCCGACAUACCCCGGUUGCCCUGUCUCCAUG